CGCCCGCGGGCGACGCAGCAGUGCACAGACGUGGCAAGUGCCACCCGGUUCAGGGCUCAGACGCUCAGAGAAAUCGCCAGAGACCUCACCCGGAUCCACGACCCACUACUCACAGAAUAUCAGGUCCGGGACAUCAACGACACACUAAACAGGCUGCUCCGGGAGCGGCGGGCGUGGGAGUACCGAAUCAAACAGCUGGGUGGGCCGGACUACACGUCCGGGACGACGACGACGGCCGGCGGCAGCGGCGACACCGACACGGUGACCGUGAAAGGCUACAAGUACUUCGGAAGGGCCCGGGAGCUUCCGGAUGUGGUGCAGCUCCUGCAGGAAGCG